CAUGCUGUGCAGCAAAGGCAAGUACUAUUUCUUUGUAUUUCUGCGAGUGUCUUGGGCUGGCGGGGAACCGCUACUGUAUUUUGUGGAAGAGGAAGCUGAAAAAGGCACCUUUCUGGCCAACCUAGUAAAUGACCCGGAGUUGGGGGAACUAUCAGCCCGGGGACCUAGAAUCAUUUCAGACCAGGACACAGGAUUUUUACUACUCGAUCCGCUUACUGGUGAUUUAUUUCUAAAUGAGAAAUUAGACCGACAGGAACUGUGUGGCCCCACAGCCUGUGUGCUGCCUUUCCAGUUGUUACUGGAAAAGCCUCUUCAGAUUUUCCGUGCUGAGUUAUGGGUCAGAGACAUCAACGAUCAUUCUCCAGUAUUUCUAGAUAGAGAGAUUCCCUUGAAAAUAUUAGAAGGUACCACUCCAGGGGCGGCAUUUCUCCUAGAAAGUGCACAGGAUUCAGAUGUUGGAACCAACAACCUGAGAAACUACACCAUCAGCCCCAAUGCCUAUUUCCACAUUAAUGUCCAUGAUAGUGGCGAGGGGAUUAUCUAUCCUGAAUUGGUGCUGGAUAGACUGCUGGAUCAAGAAGAGGUGCCUGAGCUCAGUUUACUCCUCACCGCCUUGGAUGGUGGCUCUCCACCCAGCUCUGGAACUGCCCUGGUAUGCAUCCUGGUUUUGGACAUCAAUGACAAUGCCCAUGAAUUUGUACAGUCUCUCUACAAGGUGCAGGUGCCUGAGGAUAGCCUUGUUGGCUCUCUGGUUGUCACAGUGUCAGCUAGACAUUUAGAUACCGGAAGUAACGGGGAAAUAGUUUAUGCAUUUUUUUAUGCUACUGAAAGAAUUCUCAAAACGUUUCAAAUCAAUCCAACAUCUGGCAAUUUUCAUCUUAAAGCUGAAUUGAACUAUGAGGCAAUGCAAACUUAUAUAUUAACUAUUCAGGCCAAAGAUGGCAGAGGACUUCCUGGAAAAUGUACAACGGUGGUUCAGGUAACAGAUAUAAAUGACAAUCCACCAGAACUACUCAUGUCAUCACUUAAAAAAGAAAACUCACCUGAGACAGUCAUAGCUGUUUUUAGGAUUCGAGACAGAGAUUCAGGGAACAAUGCAAAGAUGGUGUGCUCCAUCCAAGACGAUCUCCCCUUCGUCCUGAAGCCACCUGUAGAGAAUUACUACACUCUGGUAACCGAUAGCUCUCUGGACAGAGAGAAAAGAGCCGAGUACAACAUCACCAUCACCGUCACAGAUAUGGGAACCCCCAGGCUGAAAACCGAGCACAACAUAACCGUGCUGGUGCCCGACGUCAACGACAACGCCCCCGCCUUCACCCAGACCUCCUACACCCUGUCCGUCCGCGAGAACAACAGCCCCGCCCUGCACAUCGGCACCGUCCGCGCCACAGACAGAGACGCGGGCGCCAACGCCCAGGUCACCUACUCGCUGCUGCCGCCCCUCGACCCGCACGUGCCCCUGGCCUCCCUGGUGUCCAUCAACCCGGACAACGGCCACCUGUUCGCCCUGAGGUCCCUGGACUACGAGGCCCUGCGGGCGUUCGAGUUCCGCGUGGGCGCCGCCGACCGCGGCUCGCCCGCGCUCAGCAGCCAGGCGCUGGUGCGCGUGCUCGUGGCGGACGACAACGACAACGCGCCCUUCGUGCUGUACCCGCUGCAGAACGCCUCGGCGCCCUGCACCGAGCUGGUGCCCAGGGCGGCCGAGGCGGGCUACCUGGUGACCAAGGUGGUGGCGGUGGACGGCGACUCGGGCCAGAACGCCUGGCUGUCGUACCAGCUCCUCAAGGCCACGGAGCCCGGGCUGUUCGGCGUGUGGGCGCACAACGGCGAGGUGCGCACGGCCCGGCUGCUGAGCGAGCGCGACGCGGCCAAGCACAGGCUGGUGGUGCUGGUCAAGGACAACGGCGAGCCGCCGCUGUCGGCCAGCGUCACGCUGCACGUGCUGCUGGUGGACGGCUUCUCGCAGCCCUAUCUGCCGGCCCCGGAAGCGGAAGCGGCGGACGCGGCGCCGGCCGCCCCGCUCACCGUCUACCUGGUGGUCGCCUUGGCGUCGGUGUCGACGCUCUUCCUGUUCUCGGUGCUGGUGUUCGUCGCGGUGCGGCUGUGCAGGAGGGGCGGGGCGGCCUCGGUGGAUCGCUGCUUGGUGCCCGAGGGCCACUUUCCGGGCCACCUGGUGGACGUCAGCGGCACGGGGAUGUCCCAGAGCUACCAGCACGAGGUGUGUUUGCGGGGAGGUAUUGGGACCAGCGAGUUCAAGUUCCUGAAGCCGAUUAUCACCAAUCUCGCAUCCCAGAGCAUAGGCGGAAAAGUGGAAGAAUAUCCCUCAUAUCAGAAUGAUUUGGGUUUCUGAUAAAGAAUGAAAAAUAAAUGCCGGUGUUAUAUCUGUGAAUAUAUUCCUAUUAAGAAAUUUAUCUCGAUUUACCUGUAGAGGAGUGCUUUCACAUCAUUGCAAGUAUUCUUAAGGUCAUAGAAUAAAUUUCUUUACACAGAAAAGGAUUCAGCUUCAGCCCCAAGAACACUCCACAAAGCAUGGAUUGU